GGGGCGCGUAGCCCACCCCCAGGAUUCCCCCCCGCCGGGGCUCGUGCCUGCCCCCCCGCCCCGGGUCUGGGGCUGCCCCAACCGGGUGUGCGCUGAGUGGGGGGGGAGGUCAGUGGGCCACAGUCCAGGCCCCAGCGCCUUGGGGACUGUUGGGGUCUUUCCUCCAAGAACCCCAAGUGGGGCCUGGGGCCCGCAGCCUGUGGGGGCACCUGGCAGUGUGUCCCCUGCAAACCCCAGCUGGGUGUGCACUGCCAGGGAGCUCAGCAGGCCGCAGUCCAGUCCUCAGCGCCCUGGGCCUGUGGGUCUGUGGGGUCUUUCCUCCAGGGAUCCGAGGUAGGGCUGCAGGGCCCCAAAGCCUUCCUACGUGGUCUACUGAACGGGGGAGUGGAUUGGAUGCCCCCCAGCCCUGCACCUCCCAGACACUCCAGGCCCAAGUGCUAUUUCCUGUGGGAGCGGGAAGUUUCUGCGGUGGCCCCAUGGCUGCAGCCGAGUCCUGGUCUCAGAUGAGCGCGUCUGGGGGGGGCGGCGGGCAGGUGCUGGGCUGGGGCCCCACAGGGCUGGCUCAGGGGACGCAGUGAUGUCAACGGCCGCCCCACCCCGCCAGCCACGUUAUGUAAUGGCUUCCCUGGGCCUCCUUGGGUAGGGACCUGUUGCCCUGUAGAGAAGGCAGGACUUGCGUGUGCGUGUGUGUGUAUGUGUGUGUGUGUGUGUACACACAGACACGCUGCGCACCAGGGUGGGAGGAGCAAGCUGAGACUGUUUGGGUUAGAAUUCCCAGGCCUGUCCAGCCAGCAUCUCAGGCCAGCGUGCCCCACCCCUGCCCACAUGCCUGUCAUCCGCGCUUCCCCCCCACCCCCAGGGCAGCGACACCCUUGGCACGUCCAUGUGUCCGGGGCUGGGCUGAAGGGGGGUGGACCUGAGACGUCACUGGCAGUGGUCUGUCCCCUCCUGGGGCCGGGCAGGAGCUGAGACAGGGUCAAUGUGAGGGGCCAGCACGGCGGCCAAAGCAAACUCGAACUUUCUGGAUGGUUCCAGCUGCCUCCUGCCAAGGCCUGCUGACUGGAGGCCUGAGGCCAGCCCCAGGCCCAGCCCGCCCACAUUGCUUGGGACCAGAGGCUGCGCCCAGGUGGGACUCUGGGAGUGCUGAGCGGGUGGGAAGAACACUGGACAGGGAGCCUCACCUCUGAGACGGCCCUCCGGGCCACUCUGGGACUCUACUCGCACCACACUGAGGUUGCUCCCUUGGGCCGGGGCCAGCUCCCUCCCCCCACCGGCCAGCAGCCGCACAGCGGGGACAGGCUUCUGCCAGGCAUCUCCCAACACACUUUCCCCUUUGUAAGUGAGGAAAUUGGAGGCGCAGCCAGUGCAGGGGCUUGCCCUGUUCUCCCCUGCACGUGGUGCGAGGACAUGGGAGCUGGCUCUCCCCUGGGGGUGGCUUGGCCACCCUUUCUGCCUCCGAGUUGGAGGCCGGGACAGGCGUGUGGGGGUGGUGAGGGGACCCAGCAGGCCCCCUGGGGUCCUCGCGCCCUUCCUCCGUCGGACGAGCCGUGGGCAGCUUCCUCCCAUGUCACCCACAGAUGUCCGUCAGGCCGGGGCUGAGGUCACCAGACCAAGGUGAGGUAGCUGGGAGGUGACAUCGUCGGCUGCUGACUGUGAGCCUCUUGUCUAUCCUCCCUCGUCAUCAGCCCUUUAUGUGGUUACCCUGGAGCCCCUCCUCCCAGGUGGAAGCAGUAACCUGGCGCCUCUGGAGGAGUCUUAUCAGACGGCUGUGUGCCUGACUCCUCCGGGGGCCGGACCCCUCAGCAGGCAGGGCCAGGGGCUGGGGGGUGAGCCCUGAGCAGGCGGGCUGGAGUACUCCCUUCUCCCCGCUGCCCUGCCUGGCCUGGGCCUCCUAGCAACUAUCUGCAGGGUGGGUGAGGAGGCGGGGAGGUCCUGUGCGUGUUUUCAGCCGCUCCCUCUGACCUCUGCCUGCCUCCCCUCUGCUGCCGGCCUGGCUUCCGGGCCCCCUGUCUGUAGGAAUCUGGCCCAGCUCCUUCGGCAGCGGGCCCCUCGGGGUCUCUCUAGGGCUUUCCUGGGCUUCCUUCUCUGGAUGACCCUCCAGCCAGAGCCUAGCCCCGGUUGUCCCGAGGCCCAGGGAGGGGCAGUGACUGGGCCCGGGUCACCCAGCAUCAGCAGCAGCACUGUGCACACAGGCCGCCCACACCCAGCGAGGCCCUGGCCACCUAGCCUACUAGGGUUCAGGGAGCGAAAUUAGAGCUAACUCCUGAGGGAACCUGGCUGGGCCCCAGCCUCAAAGGCCUCACACCUCAUGCUGGGGCCAUCAGUCCUCACCCUGGACCAUCUGCUCUGCAGAAAGUUCUUCCAGCAAUCCUGUGGGGCAUACGAAAUGGUUUCUCCAACCCCCAGCCGCCUUCCUUCCCUAGUCAGGAUCUGGCGCCCUUUCCCCAGUCGUGGGGGCUGGCGGGCUGCCUCCAGCGGGCCCCUCUGUCCCAGGGCUGCUUUCUUAGCUGGGCGCGGGGGCCUGGAAGGGGCUGUGUCCUGGGGGUGAAACGGGACUGGGCAGGGCCAGGCGGAGGGCGGCCCGGUGUUUCCGCUUUCCCGCCGAGGGCCUUGCAGGCCCAUCUCAUGAGCCUCCAGAGUCUGGGGGAGUGACACAGUCCGGUAACAGUGCGGCCACACAGGGAGCAGUAUGUGGGCAGGAGGACAGUGGCUCCCCAUUUGACAGAGGGGAAACUGAGGCCAGAACGGCCUUGCGCAGGAGGCCGGGGGAAAGCAGGCAGGGCCGCCCCUGCUGGGAACCCCGCCUGGAGGCCGGUGACUCAUCCCCUCACACCAACAGCCCUGCUGCCUUUGAUCCCGGGCAGCCCAGAGGUCCAGGGGCAGAAUCCUUUCGAGCUGGCCUUCUCCUUAGACCAGACCCAUCACGGGGAGACUGACUUCAGCCUGGAGCGCCCCACCCGCCCUGUACAGAUAUGCCCACGAGCCAGCCCAUCGACAUCCCGGAUGCCAAGAAGAGGGGCAAGAAGAAGAAACGGUGCCGGGCCACCGAUAGCUUCUCGGGCAGGUUUGAGGACGUCUACCAGCUCCAGGAGGAUGUGCUCGGGGAGGGCGCCCAUGCCCGCGUGCAGACCUGUGUCAACCUCAUCACCAACCAGGAGUACGCUGUCAAGAUCAUCGAGAAGCAGCCGGGCCACAUUCGGAGUCGGGUUUUCCGGGAGGUGGAGAUGCUGUAUCAGUGCCAGGGCCACAGGAAUGUUCUAGAGCUGAUAGAGUUCUUUGAGGAGGAGGAUCGCUUCUACCUGGUGUUUGAGAAGAUGCGGGGCGGCUCCAUCCUGAGCCACAUCCACAAGCGGCGGCACUUUAACGAGCUGGAGGCCAGCGUGGUCGUGCAGGACGUGGCCAGUGCCCUGGACUUCCUGCACAACAAAGGCAUCGCCCACAGGGACCUAAAGCCAGAAAACAUCCUCUGCGAGCACCCCAACCAGGUCUCCCCCGUCAAGAUCUGCGACUUCGACCUGGGCAGCGGCAUCAAACUCAACGGGGACUGCUCCCCCAUCUCCACUCCGGAGCUGCUCACCCCGUGCGGCUCGGCGGAGUACAUGGCCCCCGAGGUGGUGGAGGCCUUCAGUGAGGAAGCUAGCAUCUACGACAAGCGCUGCGACCUCUGGAGCCUGGGCGUCAUUCUCUACAUCCUGCUCAGUGGCUACCCGCCCUUCGUGGGCCACUGCGGCAGCGACUGCGGCUGGGACCGUGGCGAGGCCUGCCCGGCCUGCCAGAACAUGCUGUUUGAGAGCAUUCAGGAGGGCAAGUACGAGUUUCCUGAGAAGGAUUGGGCUCACAUCUCCUUCGCUGCCAAAGACCUCAUCUCAAAGCUCCUUGUCCGCGACGCCAAGCAGAGGCUGAGCGCCGCCCAAGUUCUGCAGCACCCUUGGGUGCAGGGGUGUGCUCCGGAGAACACUCUGCCCACACCCAUGGUCCUGCAGAGGAACAGCUGUGCCAAAGAGCUCACGUCGUUUGCGGCUGAGGCCAUCGCCAUGAACCGGCAGCUGGCUCAGCGGGAGGAGGACGCAGCCGAGGAGGCAGAGCAGGGCCCGCCCGUGGUCAUCCGAGCUACCUCCCGCUGCCUGCAGCUGUCCCCACCCUCUCAGAGCAAGCUGGCCCAGAGGCGGCAGCGAGCCAGCCUGUCUGCGGCCCCCGUGGUCCUGGUGGGAGACCACGCGUGACCCCUCGCUCCCUCUGUACAUAGGUCACUCCUUCCCCUCCCCCCACCCCCACCCCCAUCAAAUCUAAAGAUUUUUUUUAAGCUGUUGCCAGCCGGUGACCAGCAGGCUGCCCUCCCCUGGCUGGACUCCGAGGCGCUAAGCUCAGUUGGGGGGGGCUCUUUUUAUAUGAGGUUUUUGCUGUUGGGUUUUCUUCUCCUUUUUUCUGCCCUACCCCCAUUUUUGUUCUCCUUUAAAGGUGUUAAAAGCAAAGCAGACGCCUGGGGAGGAGAGUGGGGGACGUGUGUCGCUGGGCUUGCCCGGUCCCUGCCUCCCCAGCCCUGUACUGUGAAGGUCCCCCGCCUGCCCCGCCCUGCCCUAUGUGACUCAGGAGAGGAGGCGUUUGUCGUCUUCCAGAGCUGGGGGCACAGGGACGCACCCCCUCCCCAGCCUCACAGUAUUUCAGGGACGGGCCAACCCCACACCUCCCCUCAGUGACACAGCAGCUCCUUCAUCCCUCACCCGGGAGACACCCUGGUGGCCGGGUGGGGCGGGGGCUUCUCAGGUCUCCCUCGCGGCAGGAGGGGUCCUGGGUGCAGGCAGCUGGACUCCCCCCUCUGACUGACAAUCGGGGCUCUCUCAAACCUUGACCUUAAGCUGCAGCUGACCCGGGGUGGGAGGGUGCACCCACUGCCCCCUACCUUGCCCACCCAGGAGGGCGGUGCCAGAGGAAGUGGGAGGGGCUGGACAGGCGCCCGUCAGCCAACGUGGGGGUCCCAAAGACCCCCACCCCGGGCACCCGAGUGCCCCUUCUCAGGGCUCAGUCUGACCACGGCCACGUCCCGCCCCUUGUCACCCCUGGGGUCUGGCGUGGAAGCUCUGUCAGCCCCUUCCUCCUCAGAGCCAGGGCCCACCCAGGGGUCCUGCUGAAGCCCCCCACCCCCCAAGGGCAGCGUCUCGACUCUGCCCACCUUCAGGAAAACGGCCGCCGCUGCCACGGCCUCCUUCCGGGCACCCAGGAAUCGCCAUGCCCGCCUCUGCCCACCUCGGCGCUGGGGUCACAUGUCGAGGGGCCUGCCAGGCUUGGGGAGACCGACGCCCCUCCUCGUCCUCGGGUGGGAAACACUAUGCAAUACAGGCCCCCCCUUCUCCACGCACACGCGCUCCUGCUGGCCGGGGAGGGUCCCUGUGGCCCGCCCCCCGCCACCGGCUAGGCAGCGUGGCCUGGGGUCUGGCCAGGUCUCCAUGGCAGGCCAGGGCCUGGAAAGCCCUCUGGUUUCUAGUUGUUCGUCCUGUUUUGUUAAUUUUUUAAAAACAUCAGUUGACUUCCCUUCCCUGUUCUUGAAUACUUGAAUGUUGGGGGGCCUCGCGGGUGGGGGGGCCCAGAUGCUGUUUCUGUGGCAGUCUCUGGUGGCUGGUGGGGACUGACACCCCCUCCGGUCCCCCCGCCCGCCUGGAUCUGUGGACUGGCCUUUCCAAAGACCCCGGGGGGGUGGGGAGGCCGCCCCCGCCCCCACUUCGUGCCCACCAGUGAUCCCACUGUGUUGCAACUGGGGAUUCCGCCUUUUUGUAAAAAAGAAACAAACGGACCCCCGCCCGCCACAGGCGCCUUGGCCGUUUUACUCUGGAACGCGGAGCUGUGAGGAGCUUUUUUUUUUUCCCAAAGGUGGGACAGCCACUUCCUCCGCCCGCCACAUGUCAUGUGGGCCAUGGGAGCUGGAGAGACUGUCGGAACCGUUACUGUGAAUGAGCGCCUGGCUCCCAGGCCACCUGGCCCUGCGGGAGGGGAACGGCCACGUCUCAAUGUUAAGAUGUGUAAAAAAGACAAAAAAAAACUCAAGUUUUUUAAAAGUGGGGGGAAAACACCCAAGCACUUUAACUCCACCACACCAGGUGAAUCGAUACAGCUCAUUUUCCUUACACCAACUGUCAAUGCCGGAAUUUUGUAUUGUUUUGUAAGGAUUUAAUAAAAGUCAUAAAAACUUG